AACCAUUAACUCAACUUCACUCAGUUUGUCCAGAGAGUAAAACGAAACCAAACUUCCAAGAUGACUGUCUGUGUUCGAUUUCGGUGAUGAAGGGGAAAUUUUUUAUUUUAUUUUUUGUUCCGAAUUAACCGUAAUUUAGGAAAUAGUUUGCUUUCACACGUUUGAAUAUAAGAUAUCGUCAACACACUUUGGAAUUAGUCUUUCAAAUUUAUUUAUUUUUGGAAAUUGCUUUUAAUGUGGUUAUGAAAAAAUUCUCAGGCAGAAGACGAAGUCGGCAACUCGGCGGCAAAUUCGUAUCAGUGUUCAAGAAUCCCAAAGGAAAUAAUUUUCGUGUUCUUUCCAGUUAAUAUCCAAUGAGAGAGGAGCCCUCAUGCAGAGACAACAGUAUCGUGAUGCUUCUCACUAUCGUGGUCGGUAUUCUGACUCUUCAUUCGUCACCUGUUGUUCACUCUCAUCCCCAGAACAUCACCAGGAGGUAUGACAGGAAGUUCCACGAUGGUGCUAUCUACGUCCACCAUUCACCAGAGUCUGAGGUGUUCUUCCGUAGACCUAAGCAUGAGGGUCGAGGUUUCAAUUCCUUCAAACCUUUCUACCAAAGCCCUUCCAGACAGAAUACUUACACUCAGUGUUCGAGUGGGGGCAAGUGCCAAUUCUUUCUCUACUGCUGGUUGUCUGGGGGUUCACUGGGUCAAUCAUGUGGACCACUCUUCGCCUGUUGCAACACCCCCACGGAAAAGAAGUCGGUCAGUGCACAGAAUUAUGGACCGGUCAAAAAUGAUCCAUAUUGUGGAAGAAGUGCGACCAGAACGAGUAGAAUAGUUGGCGGUAAUGAUGCAUACUUUGGACAAUUUCCUUGGCAGGCUGUCAUUCAAGUUGGCGGUAGUCGAUGCGGUGGGGCUCUCGUCGGGCGAAGAUUUGUUGUUACUGCUGGACAUUGUGUCGCUAGAUCACAGCACAAGCCUGGAAAUAUUCGGGUGACCCUCGGAGAUUAUGUGUUACAUUCUAAUGUGGAAAGCUUGCCGGCCGAAAUAUUUGGUGUCUCGGAAGUCCGGCUUCACCCGAAUUUCAGGUUCACUCCUCAAGCUGACAGGUAUGAUGUGGCGGUGGUGGUACUCGAUCGACCGGCACCUUAUAGGGAAAACAUCAGACCCAUAUGCAUACCCAGAAAAGGAACUGACUUCUUGGGAAAAACUGCAUAUGCAGCCGGGUGGGGUGCUUUGGAACCAGGUUCUAAACUACGUCCCAAAGUGCUGCAGUACGUGGGGGUGCCCGUGAUUGAGAAUAAAGUGUGUGAGACGUGGCAUAGAAAGCAGGGUAUAAACAUCCGGAUCCAUGAUGAGAUGAUGUGCGCAGGAUAUGAAUUUGGCGGAAGAGAUGCUUGCCAGGGUGACUCUGGUGGUCCGCUCAUGAUGGAAGAUAACAACGUCUGGUAUUUGAUCGGCAUUGUUUCGGCCGGUUACUCCUGCGCCAAGAGUUAUCAGCCGGGCAUCUAUCACAAAGUCUCCAGUUCUUCCGAUUGGGUAUCUGCAGCCAUGCAAUAGAUUUUAUUUCACUUCCCUAAAAUUAUUUCAUUAAACUGCUUCUCCGAUCAAAACGGAAUUUUUAUUUUAAGUCAAAAAGGAAAAUGUAGCUUUUGGCUAUUUAAUGUGAACUCAUCUGAAAUGAGAAAGAAAAAAUAAUUAGCAAGGACUCCAUUGCUUAUGAGUGUCAUGAAAUCAUUACGAAUGUUGCAUAACUAGUCAAAGCUUUAGUCAAAUAUAAUGACUAUUCUAAUCUGGACUCUUCUUGUGAUUUACAGAUAAUAGCUAGUUAUCCAUUGUAAUAAAAGUACCCAUGAUCACUUGCAUGUUUCAUUUAUGUUUAUUGCUGAUGUUUCAAAGAUGGAUAUAUUUUUGUGGAACAAUUUUUUUCUUUCAAGAAAAAAAAAAUCUGCAUUACUCAGUGUAAAGCAUAUAUAUAAAAUACAAAAAAAAUCAUAUUUUUUAAAAUUUUAUUUAUUUUUGUAUGCAGAUUAAAAAUGUUACUGUUGUUCACACUGUUUUGAAGUGUUUUUCUAAUAUUAAUAGAGUUUACUUCACAUAUCAAUGUAACCGUACCUAUAAAUUACAAGAAAAAAAAUUUAUGUUUUUUAAAAUUUUAUUUAUUUUUGUAUACAGAUUGAAAAUUUUAUUGUUGUUCAAA